UCUGUGUGUGUCUCUGUCUCUCUCUGUAUCUGUGUGUCUCUGUCUCUCUCUCUGUCUCUGUGUGUCUCUGUCUCUCUCUGUCUCUCUCUCUCUGUCUCCAUCUGCAAGGCGAUGCAGAAAUACGAGAAGCUGGAAAAGAUUGGAGAAGGUACGUACGGAACGGUGUUCAAGGCCAAGAACCGUGAGACUCACGAAAUCGUGGCGCUCAAACGAGUUCGUCUCGAUGACGACGACGAGGGAGUACCAAGCUCAGCACUAAGAGAAAUCUGCCUUCUCAAAGAACUGAAACACAAAAACAUCGUCCGACUCCACGAUGUCCUCCACAGUGAGAAGAAGCUCACCUUGGUGUUUGAAUUCUGUGACCAGGACCUCAAGAAGUACUUUGACAGCUGCAACGGUGACCUGGACCCUGAGGUCGUGAGGUCCUUCAUGUACCAGCUGCUCAAGGGCCUCGCCUUCUGUCACAGUCGCAAUGUCCUGCACAGAGAUCUCAAGCCUCAAAACCUCCUCAUCAACAGGAAUGGAGAGCUCAAGUUGGCCGACUUUGGGCUGGCGAGGGCAUUCGGGAUCCCAGUGAGGUGCUACUCAGCAGAGGUGGUGACACUGUGGUACCGACCGCCCGAUGUGCUGUUUGGGGCUAAGCUCUACUCCACCUCCAUCGACAUGUGGUCAGCUGGGUGUAUCUUCGCAGAGCUGGCGAAUGCUGGCCGCCCUCUCUUCCCGGGCAACGACGUUGACGAUCAGCUCAAGCGAAUCUUCAGGCUGCUUGGAACUCCCACGGAGGAGCAGUGGCUGGGGAUGAGCAAGUUGCCGGAGUACAAGCCCUUCCCCAUGUACCCGGCCACCAGCUCCCUCCUGAACGUGGUUCCCAAGCUGAGCGUCACCGCCCGAGAGCUCCUACAGAAUCUGUUGAAGUGUAAUCCUGCACACCGCAUGUCUGCGGAGGAAGCUCUGAGUCACUCCUUCUUCCUCGACUUCUGCCUCCCCUGAGACUGCAGCAGCAUCAGCAGCAUCAGCAGCAUCAGCAGCAGCAUCAUCAGCAGUAGUUAGCAGUAGCAUCAGCUGAGUAGCAGAAGCAUCAGCAGCGGCAUCAUCAUCAUCAACAAUGGAUUCCCCCCCCCCACGUGCUGUCGUGACGUCACCUGCUCUGCCCCUCCCCCCCGUUGUGACGUCACGUGCUCUGCCCCCACCGUCGUGACGUCAACCGCUCCCCUCCCCCCACUGUCGUGCCGUUACAGCUCCCGCCACCCGCGCCGUCGUGACGUCACCCACUCCCCCCUCCCCCGCGUGCUGUCGUGACGUCACCCACACCCUCUCCAUCCCCCACCGUCGUGACGUCACCUGCUCCCCCUCCCCCGCACGUGGUAGGGGGGUGGGAGCCAUGGGCGGAGGGGGCGUCGUGUUAGGUUGGGGAGGGGGCGUGACGUUGGUAUAGGGGGCGUGGCAUUGGAGAUAGAGGCGUGGCUGUGGGCGUGGCGUGGCAUCUAGGUGAGCGUGGCUUUGUAAUAAUGGUCAUCUCAGCCAACCCAUAGUACCUGCUGGGUUUGUCACGUGACCUCCUCCUCAUGCACCUAGCCUGGCACAGCAGUCAACUCAUGGCACCUGCAGGGUCUGUCCCGUGACCUCAUGCACCUAGCCUGGCACAGCAGCACAA